AUGUACGAGGAGUUUGCCCAGCUGCGUUCUCUCUGCUACAGGAACGGCGACAUCUUCCUGCUGUGCUACAGUGUCGUCCUGCCUUCCUCGUUCCACAGCGUCACGUCCAGGUGGGCUCCUGAGAUUCAGCGGCUCUGCCCAGAUGCGCCCAUCAUUCUGGUGGGCACACAGUCGGACCUCCGCGAGGACGUCCACGUCCUGAUCCAGCUAGCAGAGAACCAAGAGCAGCCAGUGACCACAGAGGAGGCCCGCAUCUGCGCACAGCACAUCAACGCUGUGACUUUUACUGAGUGUUCAGCUCUGACCCAAAAGAACCUGAAAGAGGUGUUUGACACGGCGAUCUUGGCAAGCAUGCAGGACAAUGACAUACUCCAACAGAACCACUGCCUGACCAAAACACCCAAGAAGAUCAGGAAGCUCUCGGAGUCAUGGUGGAACAAGUUCAGCUGCAUCGGUCAAACAAAGAUGACACAGUAACAGCCUGUCCUGCAGCAGGACACACCUCAGACAUUACUUAUGGACAAACAGCCUACCGCCACACUUACAGGCUACUGCUGUGAUAACCUCACCUCUAAAGAUGUUAACGUUGUCCUCUUGAACAAAGCACCGUCAUAAAGAAAAUGGAAAGCCGUUCUUAUUUCUUGUAAGAAAUGAAUGUCAUAUCAGCAGUCUUUCAGCUUUGCAUUGAGAUCAGAUAUCACUUGUUGGAGUAUAUCCGAAGGGCCCUAUUGGGAAUGAUGGGGAAAGUGCAGUCUUCAGUCUAACGACAGCUAAUUUAAUAACCAUAGGCUAAAUAACACAUGCCACGCAAAAGCUAUUAUAUUAUGAAUGUUGUGAAUAUUUUUCAUUGUUUGUGUUGUUGCAUUUAUUUAUUAAUGGUAUUUUUGUACUUGAAAUCUAAAGCAUUGGUAUUUGAAUUACAUUUCAUAGUUAGUGUGACUAUGUCCAGUGUGACACUCAUUCACACUGGUUGUCAGUGGGUUGAUGUUUAGGAUUUGCAUAACCCUUCCAUAGUAAAGCCAUAGUGUUUAGCCUAUAAAAACAAGUCAUUAA